GGGGGGAGAGGCCUGAAAGACAAGACAGGAGGAUAACAGAAACCAUAAUAGUUCCAGACAUGACAAAGACACUAUAAAAUAUAAUAGAAAUGUUGUUGCAUAGAAUUAUUUAUUUUUUCUUCAGGUCUGAUCUCACUACGAAUGCGACAGCCAGCACUGAGGCAGCUAUUUAGAGUUCACUGACCUCAACUCCAAUGGCACAAGAAACCUGCAGGGGCAAUUUAGUUUCUAACUGCCUAUUUACAUUUUCUAAGGAGUUGUUUUAUUUAUCUUUUUUGGCAUGAAAACAAGGCUAUACCUGGAGGGAUGUGUGUCAUGUUAAAUAUACAUAUUUGCUCAGAGUAGGAGCAACCCCUUCCUUCUCUACAGACCGGCCUCCUCUAGUGCAGAGUGACAUAAAAGAUGCAAAUUGAAAGUCAGCCAUUUUUGGUAACCACCUGGAGUGAUGUAACAGCUACCGGUGAUCCGGGAGACAGUGGGCUGUCAGUCAGUCACUCAGUCAGUCUCAGGUGGAGCAGCUGCUCAGACUUUCCCAACACUUACAGUUGGACUAACAGAGGACGACAUGAAGAUAACCUGAAGACUUAUUUGAUGCCAAACGCCUGUUCUUUUGGGAAGGAUUUUGACUGGAGGUCUCCAUGUGAAGCACUGGGAGUCAUGACAGACUUAUGUUUGAUUUCUGUCCCUCUGGACAAGACCAGUUUAACCAGUGUAGAAAAACUCAAGCGCACCAUUGCCAAAACCAGCCUGGCUUCCUGCUGCAAGUUCCACAUUCCAGAACUCAAGGUGGGAAUACUGGACAGUCUGCUCAGCGUGUCAGACGAUCUCUCCAAGCUCGAUGCACUAACAGAAAGUGUGAUAAAAAAAACAUGCCAGUGUAUGAAGGAGGUGAUGGAGCAGUCGAAUGACAAAGUGCUGGAAAACGCCUUAGCCAAUGGGGUCGAUCUGAUGAGCUACGUGACCAAGUUUCAGUGGGACAAAGCCAAGUAUCCUACAGCUCUGCCUCUCUCCAGCCUGGCAGACAUCAUCAACAAGGAAGUUUCACAGGUGGAAACGGAGUUAAAAACCAGAGCUGCCGUGUACAACAGUGUGAAAAUAAGCUUGCAAAGCCUUGAGCACAAAGAUGGGCCUUUUCAAACUCGCGGUCUGAACGACAUCAUAAGGAAGGAAGACCUGGUGGACUCGGAGUACCUCACCACUCUGCUGGUAUUAGUGAGCAGAGGGAGCUACUUGCAGUGGGAAAGGACCUAUGAAUCUUUGUCCGAGUUUGUGGUUCCACGAUCGAGCAGGAAGCUAUACGAAGACAAACAGGCAGGCGUUUUCUCAGUUACACUUUUCAAGAGAGCCGUGUGUGAAUUCAAAGCCAAAGCCCAGGAGAGCAAGUUCACCGUGCGCGAGUACAACUUUGAACUGGAGGAAGAGAAGCAACAGGAGAUGAAGAAGCUUAGUGUUCACAAGAAGGAACAAUAUGGAAUUUUCGUGCGCUGGCUGAAGAUGAAUUUCAGCGAGGUGUUUGUUACCUGGAUUCACUUGAAAGCAUUGAGGGUGUUUGUGGAAUCAGUUCUCAGAUAUGGAUUACCGGUGAACUAUCAGGCUCUUCUGCUGCAGAUGGACAGGAAGCGUUCAAAGAAACUGAGAGAAGAACUCUCAUCACUGUUCAAGCAUCUGGACCCCACUGCCACUAGUACCAGCAAGACAGAUCAGGUAAGCAGUGACAUCCCAGGAAUCUGUCCGCAAGAGUACUUCUCCUACAUCUGCUUCCAAAUCAACACCAAUGUUCUGGAGAUCAGCUAGCAGUCACCAAAGAGGAGCCACAUAGUGACCAAGUAAUGAGGGCUCUGGCGCUCAUGUGGUGGAUGGUUCGAAACCAGCAAAAGUCAGGAAUAUAAAGACCCUCAACUCUAAAUUAAACACAUCUAGUGAAGAAUAUAUCCUUGAAUAUCUUGGUUUUCAACAUUUCCCUUGAGCCAGAAAUAAGUGUAAAUAACUUUGUCAGUGUACAGUGGAUGGAUCUGGCUCCUCUGCACAUGGACUUCAAUUUGUGAUGUGCUGCACACGGAGCUGUGGGACCAUUUAAACAUGUUUAAUAGCUCAAAUGAUUGUUCUUUAGUGUUUUCAUCCAAAAGAACAUGUACUGUAAAUGUUACUGUCUGUGUACAGCUUCAAGCAUUUUAAGUGAGCACAUUCUUCCUAGAGAUCUUAAAGCCAUCGCAGUGCAAUAAAGUGUCUUUCUUCAUGCAUGGUUGCACAUUGUUCAACAGUGCAGUACAUUUUCACAUGGCAUCAUGCAGUAUAUUCUGUACGACUGUAUUCAUCACUUUAACUCAUGUUCGGUCAGAAUAUUUUCAAACGUAAUGGGUGGUGUUAUCACCUCGCUGAU